GCUCGGUGUAUCAUUGAUAGCACUUUCCAAAAAGGGAUACGCGCCCACUGACGUGCGCACUGCAGCGCGGUCACGGUGCCUCCUCCUCCUGCCACAGCCAGACACGUCCAUCUUGCCUUACAGUCAUGAACUUCCAGUCCAACGAGCAGGUCACCCACGACAGAAUCAAUUUGGCUCGCCUAGUGCGAAGGCUAGAGAAGAGCGUAGCCGCUGAGGAUUGGGACGCAGGACAUUUACCACCACGCGCGACUUGGAUCAAGACACAACAGACUCUCCAGAAAUUGAAGUACGCACGGAAGCUGCUGGACAACGUUGAGUUGCACGAAAGUGACCAGGAUGCAUUCCAGAGAUACGCAGAACUUCGCGCGACUCUUGCACGCUUGCAUAGCGUCGUGAAAGAGGUCGACCAACGUGUCACACCAUCACCAACACGGCCGACGCCGAUUCUACCGAUCAUACCAUUACCCAGAUCCACUCGGCCAGCACCUGUUCCAUCCAUACGUGUUUCUGAAGAGGAAGGACAACUUCAGACACGCUCCUCCGGGGAUGACAGCACGGCGAGUGCUCACGACCUCCUGCUCUCUCCCUCAGACACCAGCACCCUGCUCGAUUCCGCACCCGUCAGUGCCACCCUUCUCCCGGCCGACCCACCGUCAUCCGCCGCACCAAGCGCGAAGCCCGCGCCCGCGUUCCUGCAGAACUCGUCCGCGCUCCAGGAGGAGCUCUCCGCGCAGCUCGCCCAGAUGGCAACGCAGCUGAAGCGGAACGCGCUGCAUUUCUCCGAUGCGCUCGAGAAGGACAAGGACCUCGUGCAGGAGACGCAGGGGAAGCUAGAGCACAACUACGAUGUAAUGAGCAAGGAGCGCGUGCGGGUGCGGGACCACCACUCGAAGAGCUGGGGGACGACGUGGCUCGUCAUGCUCAGUCUGCUGGUUGCGCUGGUUGGGUUCAUACUCACUUUCCUCGUUAUCCGUAUCACCUAAGACACCUCCGCAAUGGAUCGUCUAGGCUCAUGGUGCGUGUGGUAUCCUGUGUACACUCCUCGAUAUGACAUGGCCUUAUGAACACCAGUCCUCCUGACGCAGAUAGGCGACAGCGAGCUAUUGUGCUUGUGGCCCCUGAAUUAACCUGUGACUAUGAUUUCGUUCGGAAUGGUGCUUAUGUUCGAGUGAUAGACAAUGUGCGUUGCUUCCGGACCCCG